GGCCCCUUUCCUUUUUUCCCUUUCUGUCAAGCGUUGUUUUUCUUUUUUUUCGCCUCUAUAUUUUAAUCGAAUCAAGAAAUACAAACUCGCAACCUACAAUGCUUCGUAGCGCUGUUCCUCGUGUUUCCCUGCUCCGCACUGCCACCACCAACGGCGUCAAGCAGCAGCUCAGCGUGGUCUCUGUGACCGGCCGUCUGGCGUCAAUCACCAGCGUGCGCUCAAUGGCGUCGCUCCCGCGCCCAGCGAUCGCCCGCAACCUGGGCUUUAUUCGCUCCCCAUCGCGGCUGCUGGCGCGCUCGUACGCCGACGCUGCCGUCUAUAGCCGUAACAAGCCGCACGUCAACGUCGGUACCAUCGGACACGUUGAUCACGGCAAAACCACGCUGACAGCUGCCAUCACAAAGGUGCUGAGCCAGGCCGGAGGUGCCAAGUUCCGCGAUUACUCGGACAUUGACAAGGCGCCCGAGGAGAAGGCCCGUGGAAUCACUAUUUCGACUGCGCACGUCGAGUACGAGACUGCCAACCGUCACUACGCUCAUGUUGACUGCUUUGGCCCCGAGGUUGCCUUUGCCACACCCAACGGGGAGACUAUUCUCGCUGCGGACGUGGUCCAGGGCACCGUGCUGCUUGGUACUGAUGGCACAGAUCGUGUGGUCCAAUCUGUUUGGACUGGCAACAAGGACAUGUACAAGAUUUUGUACACCAGCGGAAGUGACAAUGGCUUUGAGGCUGAUGGGUUCACCUGCACUGGUGGCCAUAUCCUCUGUCUGCGCAUCGACACGCCUGUUAACGCGCCUCAGGCCGACAAUGAAGGGCGCAGGCAUUUGGUUGCUAGCGUCAAGCUCGAAAACGAUCUUUUGAAGUAUUGUCGCGAGCAUUUUGACUCUGCUGAGGCGGCCAGUGCUUACUACGCUGUCCAAGACAAGUCGCCAUUUACAUGCGAGAUGACAGUUGAGCAAUUCAUGCAGCUCCCAGCGGAGGUACGCUCGCAGGCACGUAUGUAUACGGCCGGCGAGCUUAGCUUUGGCGAGCCCACCGUCAAUCUAUCGAUUGGCGCGGCAACGCAGGAGGAGGUCGCCUGGGUCGUGGGUCUCUGGCUGGGCGACGGGAACAGCGGCUCCUCACGCUUCACGCUUCACUCUGAUGAUGAUGCCGCUAUUGUGGCCAAGCUGGAGGAAAUUGCCACGAAAAUGGGCAUGUACCUCCAUAAAUAUACUCACACAGAGCGUAAAGCAAUGUGCGUGACCCUUUCUUCCAACCCUAUCUUCCAGUCCGAUGUGCUAUCUGGUGACUGUGUUGAGACCACCAACCCAUUCUGCGCCAAGCUGACAGAGCUGGGCGUUCUGAAUGCCAAGAGCAUCCCUGCCGUGCUCCGCCGCCAUUCUUCUGAUGUGCGUAGUGCCCUGGCUGCGGGUAUUAUCGACUCGGACGGAUGCUACAACAAAGGACAGUUUGAUCUGGAACAGUCCGAGGCCAAGCACUCGGCUCUGUUCAACGACUUUGUGUGGGUGCUUCGCAGUCUCGGAUUUGUCUGCCACUUGUCUCGUCACACUGUUACCAUCGGCGACGACGCCCAUUCUAAGCUGCGUGUCAGCUUCAAUGGCCGCCUGGCUGAGAAGCUGCCGAUUGCCACGGUGCACAAGCGUGGAAAAGCACUUGAACACAGGUGGGAAACUUCGGUCCCCUUCACCAUUGCCCCCAUCGGCUCCCAGAAGUUCCAUGGCUUUGAUGUCGACGUCGACGGUCGCAUGCUUCUCGCCGACUUUGUAGUUGCGCACAACUGCCCCGGUCACGCAGAUUAUAUCAAGAACAUGAUCACCGGUGCGGCUCAGAUGGACGGUGCCAUCAUCGUGGUUUCAGCCACCGACGGCCAGAUGCCGCAGACGCGCGAGCAUCUGCUCCUGGCCAAGCAGGUCGGUGUCAAGCGGCUGGUUGUCUUCAUCAACAAGGCCGACGCCAUCGACGACGCCGAGAUGCUCGAGCUUGUCGAGAUGGAGAUGCGCGAGCUGCUCAGCGAGUACGACUUUGACGGCGACAACACACCGGUGAUCAGCGGCUCGGCGUUGUGCGCGCUCGAGGACCGCAGCCCCGAGAUGGGCAUUGAGGCGAUCCACAAGCUGAUGGAGGCUGUUGACACAUGGAUUCCCACGCCCGAGCGCGACCUGGACAAGCCCUUCCUGAUGCCCGUCGAGGACAUCUUCUCGAUUGCCGGCCGUGGCACCGUCGUCACCGGCCGCGUGGAGCGCGGACAGAUCACCAAGGGACAGGAGCUGGAGAUCGUCGGCUUUGGCGCGCCCUUCAAGACCACGCUCACCGGUAUCGAGAUGUUCCACAAGCAGCUGGAGAACGGCCAGGCCGGCGACAACAUGGGUGCUCUCCUGCGCGGUGUCAAGCGUGAGGCCCUCCACCGCGGCCAGGUUUUGGCUGCGCCUGGCACCAUCAAGGCGCACAGCAAGUUCAUGGCGUCGCUCUAUGUGCUUACCAAGGAGGAGGGUGGCCGUCACACGCCGUUCUCGGACAACUACCGCCCUCAGUUGUUCGUGCGCACCUGCGACGUCACUGCUAUCCUCACGCACAAGCGCGGCCCCAAUGGCGAGGAUCCAGAGAAUAUGAUGGUUAUGCCCGGAGAUAAUGUCACCAUGAUGUGCCAGCUGCUGUCGGAGAUCGCCAUCGAGACCGGUAUGCGCUUCACCAUUCGCGAGGGCGGUCGCACCGUCGGCACUGGCGUUGUCACUGAGCUGAUCGAGGAGAAGAAGUAAAUUGCUUCUGCUUUGCCAUUUAAAAUUGGUUUUCAUUUUAUCAAGUAAAUUUCUUUGGCUACAUAUAUAUAUUCAAGCCUAUCACAGU